UCUCUCCACUCCCACCGCUCCAGCUUUGCUGAGAACCUGCGCAAUCCCCACACCCCAGGCUCGCCGCGGGCCACGCGUCAUCCCAGCUUCACGCAGGCCGCCGUACAGGAGCUCAUGGCGCACCCGCCGUCCGCGCGCCAGCCCAACCCUCGCUUUGCGGGCCGCGACUGGCGCGACGUCCGGCUGGGCGAGCUAGUCAGCCUCAACACAGAUGAAAUGCGCUGGGUCGAUUUGGAGAGCAGCGUCGAAGAGGCUACGAUGAUUCUGGUGAAGGGCAACGUCGCCGGUAACUGUGUACUAGUCAAAGAUGGCCCCGUCAAGAGGCCUGUGGCGACAUUCGACUACAAGGACUUGAACGCAUACCUGCUGGUGGUGGUUGGCCUGGCGAAGCCCGAGGAGGAACAUGUACAGCUGUACGAAGGGAUCGCCAGGCGGGCCUCGGAGAGGGAGGCCAUCCCUCUCCGGGAGAUACAGCCACUGUGCCGGCAAGAGCAGCUGGUGUCGUUGUCACCGGACGACUUCUUGCCUGGAGCGAUAGAGGUGUUUGGGAGCGGCAUACACCGGAUUUUGGUCACGACACAGGACGGAGAGACGGUGGGUGUGUUGAGCCAGCUCAAGGUAGUCGAGUUCUUCUGGAAUGAAGGCGUCAACUUCCAGGUCAUUGACAGACUGUAUCCCGCGCUGCUGAGGGACCUGCGCAUCGGAUCGCAGCAGAUCGUCGCCAUCAACGCCGAUGCACCACUCGCAGAAGCCCUCGUCCUUAUGUCCAAUGAAGGCCUCACCUCGGUAGCAGUAAUCGACAACGGCAGCAACGUGGUAGGCAACAUUUCCACUGCCGAUAUCCGCCUCCUCACCUCUGCAGCAUCCAUGCCCCUCCUCCAGCAGACCUGCAUGCACUUCAUUACGGUGAUCCUGUCGGAACGGGGUAUGGAAAAAGGACGCGACUCGGUGCCCGUCUUCUACGUCAAUCCAUAUUCGACCCUCGCCCACACCGUCGCGAAGCUGGUCGCAACUAAAUCACACAGGAUGUGGGUAGUCGAGAACGCCUCUCCGAGCCCGAGCGCACCUGCAACGCCACUUCUGGGGCCUGUGGGCACGACGACAAGCAUGGCCAGCGGUGGUGGAAAUGCGGCGGCGAUGACGAGCUCAACGGCCGGUGCCACGAGUUCUUCCGCACCGCCCUCGCCCCUCCCACUGUCAACACCUCUCUUCUCGCCUUCCUCGUCGGUUCCAGCCGCCGCAUUGCCGGGAGCACAUCUAUCAGGCAGGUUAACCGGCGUGAUAUCGCUCACUGACAUUCUGAACCUGUUCGCACGGUCAUCCGGUCUGAACCCCGCGGAUCCAGGAGAGCAGAGGGCACGGAGACGCAGGAGCUCCAGCAGCUCGAUUCGACCAAGUCUGGACGGGGGCAGUGUGAGGGGAAGUCUCGAUGUUAGGAGAUGA